AUGCAUAUCUUAAUUAAACUCAAAAUACCUACUUUAGCGGCAAUUUCAAAAAACUGCAUAAAUUGGACGUUCGUGUUCCACUUCUAUCCCCAACAAUCUAGCCCAUCAAGCUUUCCUCUCACCCGUUUCCACACCACCAUGUCAUCUACCAAACAAGAAGGCGAGGUUGUUACCUCGGUACUGAGCAGUGAACAAGCAGCAGAACUUUAUGACGUUAAAAGCAGAGAUCUUGCUAUGGAAAAGGCAGAUGAGGCUGCACAGCUUGAAGUGGAUCCAUCUUCCAACCGCCGUCUCGUGUGGAAAAUAGACCUUAUUCUGUUGACUGUGAUCUCGCUGGUAUCGGCGUUCCAGUACAUGGACAAGUCAUCUAGUAACUAUGCUUCUGUUAUGGGCAUCAAGACAGACCUAAAAAUGGUUGGCAAUCAAUACAGCUGGGUCGGGACUUCAUUUUACCUUGGGUUUCUGGUCUUCGAAGCCCCAUGCUCUUGGACUCUACAGCGUCUCCCGCUAUCCAAGAUUACGAGUGCUUAUAUUAUAGCAUGGGGCUUGUUGCUGUGUCUGACCUCCCUUGUAAAGUCUUACCCAACUUUUAUUUUGACUAGAACGCUGCUUGGCGUACUGGAGUCAUCAAUCACACCGGCCAUGGUAUUGUUUAUGUCCCAAUGGUACAAAAAAGACGAACAGUUUUUUCGGACCUCUAUUCUGAUUGCCUGCAAUGCUGUUGGUGGCCUAGUUGGCGCCUCGGUAUCCUACCGCCUGUACGAGCGCCAGCUCGCCGGAACACUUUCCAUGGAUGCAUGGAGGAUCUUGUUCAUAAUUGUUGGUCUGAUCACGAUUGUCACUGGUCUUAUGGUCUUGUUCAUUAUACCAGACACUCCGUCCCAAGCCUGGUGGCUGAACAAAACUGAAAAGCUUCUUGCUAUCCAGCGUAUCCGGUCCAACAAGCAAGGUUUUGGCAAUCGGCACUUCAAGAAAGAGCAAGUUUACGAGGCCUUGGUUGAUCCCCGUCUUUAUCUCUACUUCUUCCUACAGGUUGCUGUUGCUAUUCCUAAUGGUGGUUUCUCCAACUUCAGUGCUUUGAUGAUCGCAGGCUUGGGCUAUGGUAAGGGGAAAGCACUACUGAUGGGAAUGCCAACUAGUGCAGUCUCUAUAAUUGGGAUGAUCUUAUUUGGCUACCUCUCAACCAUCAGAAAUCGUAGACUGGACAUUGCGUUUGCUGGCCUGGCACUUAACCUCAUCUCUGGCUGUCUCAUGGCAUUUGCAAAGCCCUUACACGCCCAGUUGGCAGGCUACUACAUUUUCGGUAUCUCCCCAAUCCCUUACACGUGUAUCUUAAGCAUGGUUGCUUCUAAUAGUGCUGGCCACUCUAAGAAAGUUUUCAUGGGCGCUAUUUCUAUGAUAGGCUACUGCACUGGCAACCUAAUUGGACCUCAGACUUUCCGUGAAUCUCAAGCACCACACUAUCAAGGCGCCAAGACCGCUAUUGUCGCCUGCUAUUGUAUUGCUUUCCUGAUCUUAGCAGCAAUCUACAUUGUUAACGUGCGUGAGAACAAAAGGCGUGACGCUUUGGAUGAGAGACUUCCCGCCGACAUGCUAAACUCGGAGUUUGCAGAUCUCACCGACUUUCAAAAUCCGGAAUUUAGAUAUGCCAUUUGA